UCUCGCGCGCAGCCGGUCGGUCUCUCUGUCGCUGUGCACUGUCCACGCGGCGGCGAGAGGAAACGGCAGGUGUCAGACUCGGUUCUGAUAAGCCUUUUGCACAGCUUCCUCCUUAAACACAGCAAACCGAUCCGCUCGGAUGAUAUAGAGAGACAAGACGCUGCCAAAAUCGCUUCAUUUUCCGGAGGGAUUUGUUUAGCAAUUUUUUUGGUGGUGUGAACUCUACCCCCCUCCCUUGUUCCUGACCCUGACCUUGUGACCCCAGGCUGCUAGGACACCGUGACUGAGGAGGCCACCAUGAGUCAGGAGGGGCAGCAUGACCCCCUCCGCACAGACACCCCACCACCAGAUACACCCCAGGCACCUGAGGGAGAGGAGGAGGCUGAUGGCUCUACAGUGAGAGAUUUGGAGCCCUGUAAUGGGACAAAGACAGAGGAGGAGCAGCAAGGUGAAGCAGAAGACAGAGAUAGAGAGAAUAACAGAAACACACAGUCCAGCGCAAAGGAGGAUGAGAAGGUGACAUUAGAAGAGGAAGGUAGAAACGGUGAGAUUGAGGGCAGCUGCUUGGAUUCUGUAACAGAAAAUGGUAAUAGGGACAUCCGUGAAGGUGAAGACACACAGUUGUUGCUGCCUCAGAGCACAGAAAAGGACUCAACCAAGCCCCUGUGCUCUCUAAGGUUUGAGAACGGGACUGAAGAUGACAGUGAAGGGCAGGAGGAUGAGGAGGGAGUCCUAGAAGAGCCUUCAGCACAGGGGAACCUAGACGCCUUCAGCUCCACAUUUGAGCUCUCCGUAGAAGAAGCAGAUGCUGAGGUAGAGGACGAGGAAGAGAGGGAAAACGGCGGAGAGGAAAGGGUGACCCUAAAUCAGGACAGUUUCAGCUCUACAUUUGAGUGCAUUGUUGAGCAGGUCGCCAAGACCCCGGCUGUGGAUGAGGAAGAGGACGACGGAGAGGAAGAGUACGACAGAACGAAAGAGAGCCAGGACGGCUUCAGCUCCACGUUUGAACGCAUCGUUGAGUCUGAGCUUCUGAGAGGCGGGACUUGUUACAGCAGUCUGGAUUCACUGGACGUGUUGUCGCUCACCGAUGAGACGGACAGCUGCGUCAGCUUCGAGGCGCCGCUCACUCCUCUCAUCCAGCAGAGGGCCCUAAUUGGCCCUGAACCUCCAGAGCUGGAGCUGGAGACCGUGCAGGAAGGGGCUGAGGGCGAGGCCGAGCUGGGGACAGAGGCGGCAAGGGAUGAAGCCAGCUCUGCAAGUCCACUACGGACCACUAUACCGGGAAGCAGGUCGGAAAAUGUCUUGAGCCAGCCGGCACAAUGGAGCAUCCCUAAUGGAUUCCACAUUGAGCUGCCUGAGAAUGGAGAGAGUGGAGGAACGAUGCCAAACUCAUUCAGUGAUGCCAACCUCACAGAUGUACUGUGCGACUCGGACUCUGAGUUGGGCAGUGUGGAGACGCUGGAGAGGGGCAGCACGGAUACUCUCGCCAACGGCUGCCGUGUCGACACAGAUGCUGCCAAACGACUGGCUAAGCGACUCUUCUAUGUGGAGGGCUUCAAGCGCUGUGACGUGGCACGACACCUGGGCAAGAAUAAUGAAUUCAGCCAGUUGGUUGCAUCGGAGUACCUGAGUUUCUUUGAUUUCACAGGGUUGUCAUUAGACAGAGCGCUAAGGAACUUCCUGAAGGCAUUUCCUCUGAUGGGAGAGACGCAGGAGAGAGAACGUGUGCUGGUGCAUUUCUCCAAACGCUUCUGUCACUGUAACCCAGAAGCUCUCACCUCAGAGGAUGGCGCUCACACACUGACCUGUGCACUUAUGCUUCUUAACACAGACCUGCAUGGACAUAAUAUUGGGAAGAAGAUGUCUUGCCAGCAGUUCAUUAGCAAUCUGGACGGCCUCAACGACGGCAAAGAUUUUCCCAAAGAAUCGCUCAAGGUGCUCUAUAACUCAAUAAAGAACGAGAAGCUGGAGUGGGCGAUUGAGGAAGAGGAGUUGAGGAAGAGUCUGUCGGAGCUGGUGGAGGAUCAGUGUGAGGCGGGAGGGAAGAGAGUUGUCAGGGUAACGGACGGCAGUAACCCUUUCAUCGCCAUUCCACUUUUACUCAAUGCUGUGACGUACAAACACGGCAUUCUGACACGCAAAAGCCACGCAGAGAUGGACGGCAAACGCACCCCGAGAGGUCGUAGAGGCUGGAAGAAGUUUUAUGCCGUGCUGAAGGGGAUGAUUCUCUACCUGCAGAAAGAUGAGUAUAAGCCUGAUAAAGAUCUGUCAGAGGUGGACCUGAAGAAUGCAGUACGGGUUCACCAUGCUCUUGCUACUAGGGCCUGUGACUACAGCAAAAGACAGAACGUCCUAAAGCUCAAGACUUCGGACUGGAGAGUCUUCCUCCUGCAGGCUCCGAGUGAAGAGGAGAUGAUGUCAUGGAUUUUCAGGAUUAAUCUGGUCACUGCUCUUUUCUCGGCUCCUGCUUUUCCUGCCGCCAUCGGCUCCAUGAAGAAAUUCUGCAGACCACUGCUGCCUUCAUCCACAACGAGACUUAACCAGGAGGAGCAACUGAAGUCCCAUGAGAACAAACUGAAGCAGAUUUCUCUGGAGUUGGAGGAACACAAGAGGAGCCCACCAGAUCUGACGCCCAAGAGCAAAGAAUCAGAAGAGUAUCGAAUCAAAGAGCACUAUUUAACCUAUGAGAAAUGUCGCUAUGAGACGUACGUCAGCCUCCUGCAGGCCAAGCUUCGCGCAGGAAGUGAUGAUUUGGAUAAGAUUGAAGCCAGUCUGUUCAGCGGGGAGGCGAAAGAAGGUUACCUGCGGAAAACUCAGUCUAGCCCGUCAAUCAGCCAAGGUCAGGGGGUCAACGGACGGGCAGGUCAUAAACACGCCCCAGAGCACAAUAGCUGAAGAGCCUUCUUUGACCUCUGAACUCAUGCGACACACUCACGUCUGAGCCUGACUGCAGUGGGUUUGAAUACAUGAGACAGAGUUGAGAGAAAUACAAACGUAGCAUUAUAAUUAAUAUUUCAAUGUACAGUAAAUUUAUUAUGACCAUUAUAUGUAUUAUUAGUAUUAUUACUACAAAAAUAAACAUUGUUAAUAAUGCUAUGAACGUUGUGUGCCAAAAACGAAAAAUGAGGAGACCAAGACUGUAUAAGUGGGAAGAAAUGACAACACUGCAUAUAAAGUCAAGAGAAAGUGAA